UUGAGGGCGGGGAUGGGGUGGUGAGGUCGCGCGGCCUGUGGCGCCUGGAUCCCGUUGCCGGGAAGGAACCGCGUUCUGCCGGUGCCUCUGCUGGAGGGCUUUCUGUUGCCCGCCCCUCUGUCGCACGUCUGGGCUCGGCGGUUGCCCGGACACACCGCGCUGUGGGCUCCGACCACCGCAGCCCUCUAGAUUCGGGUUGAAAGGAUGGAGCUACCUGGGCCCUUUCCCCAGAGCCCGAGGCUGCCGACACCCCGAGGGCGAGGGCGCGGAGAGAGGACCCGGUCCCGCGGGACAGUGAUUGGGGUGUGGCUCUGGCUCUGGCUGUGACUCCAGCCUCCAGGGGAAGAGGGCAAGGAGAGCUAUCAGGUAUAGCUCGGUUGUAGUGCUUGGAUAGUGUGCAUUUACCCAGCACCAUAUAAAGCCCCGCUUGUGAGCCCAGCACUGGGGAGGUGAGGCAGGUCGGUCAGGUUAACAUCAUCGACAGCCACACUGCAGGUCUGAGGUUUUUUGGGCAUGAGGUUUAUUUGGUAAAGUAGUAAGCAUAUGUCAAAGACCCUGCCUUGUGUGUGGGGUGUGCGUGUGUGUCAGAAAACUAUUAGGCAGAACAGGCAGUGACAAAUGACAGGAAGGAAAGUAAGGCUGAUUUGUUACUGCAGACCUUGGGCAAACUACUCUAGUGAAGACUUUUUCCCCCUUGGUUCCCAGUUAUGAGCACCCCCUGCUCCCCACAUUCCUCAUGCUCUGUGACCCACCACUGCCUGUUACCCUGUCGUGCAGUUCCCUCUCCCAAGAGGCCUGGGACUCUGAUGUUGCCGGGGCUAUAUUACCCAGAAACUACAGGACAUGCUGGAGACCAAGCUGACUUUGGCUGUGGAUUGAAUGUCAGGUUUCAUGCUUAUAAGGCAUGCAACACAGGACUAUGGCUCUAUUUCCCCUAAAAGUCCAUAUGGUAACUUGAGAAUGUUCAUUGUGUCUCAGCUGUAUGAUAGCUACAAGCCACAUGGGAGGAAAAUGUUGAGCCCUGCCAAGAAGGUGGCAGGAGGCAGGUAAGGGCUGGCAGGGCCGAUGAUUUAAGUCUCUUCUCCAGGAAACACCUCUGCGGAGUGGCUCGUGCCCAGCUCUUGGAGAGGCUGAGGGCUUCGACUAUGUUGCCCAGGUUGGGCUGUGUGCUGUUCUGCAGUCUUGUGGUACUACUGCUCAGCUGCCUGCUCCUUCUGAAGGAGCGCAUACCAGCAGGCAGCUCCAAGGCCCACCAGCAGUUCUUGGCACUGCCAAGGUCCCACCAUAGCCAGUGCUCACCCAACCUAACAGUUGUUAACACCUCCCUGUCCCUGCCCAGCCGUCAUCGCCUCUUCUUAACCUAUCGACACUGCCGAAACUUCUCCAUCUUGCUGGAGCCUUCGGAGUGUGCCAGGGACACCUUCCUGCUCCUGGUCAUCAAGUCACAGCCUGCUCAUAUUGAACAGCGUUCAGCCAUUCGAAGCACUUGGGGCCGGGCUGGGAGCUGGGCUAGGGGUCGGCAGCUGAAGCUGGUGUUCCUCCUGGGGGUGGCAGGACCUGUGCCCCCGGCCCAGCUGUUGGUCUAUGAGAGCUGGCAGUUUGAUGACAUCUUACAGUGGGACUUUGCUGAGGACUUCUUUAACCUGACUCUCAAGGAGCUGCACGUGCAGCGCUGGAUCGCAGCUGCCUGCACACAGGCCCACUUCAUACUAAAGGGAGACGAUGACGUCUUUAUCCAUGUUCCCAAUGUGCUCGAGUUCUUGGAGGGCUGGGAUCCGGCCCAGGACUUCCUAGUGGGAGAUGUCAUUCGCUUGGCCCGGCCCAACAGGAACACCAAAGUUAAAUAUUUCAUCCCGUUUUCCAUGUACAGGGCCCGCCACUACCCACCUUAUGCAGGAGGCGGCGGCUACGUCAUGUCCCAGGCUACUGUGAGGCAUCUUCACAUGGCCAUGGAGGAGGCAGAGCUCUUUCCUAUUGACGAUGUCUUUGUGGGGAUGUGCCUGAGGAAGCUGGGGGUGACUCCCAUACACCAUGCUGGCUUCAAGACAUUUGGAAUCCAACAGCCCCUCAAUCCCAGGGACCCUUGUCUGUACAAAGGGCUCCUGCUGGUGCACCGUCUCAGCCCCCUGGAGAUGUGGACCAUGUGGGCGCUGGUGACAGAUGAGAGGCUUAAGUGUGCAGCUACCCACAAGCCCUAGCCCCGAGGGGUGGGUGGAGCAACAGCUUUAGAGUGACUCAACUCCUAUCACCAGGAGAAACAAUUCUGAAAACUGGUCCCUGGUGGUCAGCAGGAAAUGAUCUUUAUUUUUAUGCUAACAACCUUAUUUAAUUAAAAGUGCUGAAACCUG